AUGGGACGAGACCGUAUUGAAGGACGCGUCAAGCUUGAAAUACCUCACUCUAAUCAUGAAGUCCACAAUAUUCACAAAAAAAUUCUGGUUCAGUGUUUCGAUCAGUACCACUUCACUAUCGAUGAUGGAACUUCUCAUGAAAUCGAAGAAAUUGGUUGUUUGAAAUUUAUUGAUGUUCAUUAUGUGAUUGGAAAUCAAGACUACAGAAAGAACUUCCUCCCAGCAAUUCAGAAGUAUCUCAAUGAGCUUAGCAAUGUUGGUCUUCCACACCAUUACAAAGGAAUUCUUACUGUUUUCAGCCCUGAAUGUUUCGAUCGAAGCCUCAUAACCGUCCUCGAGAAAAUACCGACGUCGGCAGUUAUGUUUGGUAACAUCCAGUCAGGGGUUUUCAUGAGCCAUUGGGAGGUGUCUUUCUCCGAAGAGCAAGCGACUGAAUCGAGAAAUAAGAAGCGGUUGCAAGAUCAGAUGUACACUGAUUUCGAAUUCGACAGAGCAGAUAUGAUCGUGUGCAGUUUCAAUACCCCUGAACGAGGUUACGAACAAGCUACCAAACGUUCGUUCACUCGCCAUGCCAAAUAUAGAAUAGUUAUUCAACGUUCAUUCGUACGUCGAAUAAUAGUGGAUACUGCAGUGAAUGAUUGUCACGGCAAGAAUCGUAUUCGAAUGUAUAUUGAGUUGAACUGUCCUCCAUUCAUUAAGCGUAGUGAGGAAAACCAAUCGAAACAAGGAUUACCUCCACGGUUUGAUCGAAACACUACUAUAAAGCGUGGAAGGUUCAUUGGAGAGUAUGCUAAGGACGCUGCCAUUGCUGACAGUUCGUUUAUAGUGCUUGAGUUCGGAACAUCAGUCGAAUUAGCAACAUUGUAUUCAAUCAUCUCGAGGUUACGUACUAGAUGCCUAACACCUAUAGAGUUCGCCACACUGCCAGUUAUCAAUUGUUUUCUUGGUCGCUAUUCCCCUUAUUACAACUGGCUAGAAGAAGGAGAGUGUCCAUUACAUGAGAAUGAACCGUUUUUCAAAAGGUUUCUUGAACAAAACUUUCCCAAUGACAAGUUACUAUCAAGAGAGCAACAGCUCGAGAACAGUCGGAAAGCCUUUGUUAUUCGUUACCUGAUCGAAUGUCUAAUAUCUCGAGGGGCAGUAGUCAAAGACCAGCUGUGGUUAGUUGAAAGCCAUUGGAAACAUUUUCUGAAUGUGAUUACGGUUCUUUUGCAUGAAAACUUCGAUAUGUGUGAAAUAGCCUUGGAGAGACUCGUUACUCUUCUAGAUGAGCGGAAACGUGUUGGCAGCAUCACAAAAUGUCUGAUUGAGUUGUUCAGAGAAGCGACAAUAGCGAAAAGCGAAGGAAAGUUCUUGGCAUAUAAAGAGAAAAAAGAUGGAUACAACCGUGUUCGGAAGAUCAUCUUCACACCUACUCGGGUAGUUUAUGUUGUUCCGGAAAUGCUGAUGUCAAACAGAGUCAUCAGGAAUUUCGACGGUGAUGGUACAAAAGUUCUUCGGAUACAGUUCAGAGAUGAUGAUAAUCAGAAAAUGAGACAGAAUAAAACUUCAAAACUCUUGAUUGACAACGCAGUGCGCAAACGACUAACAAAUGGAGUAACUGUGGCAGGACGGGAUUUCGGUUACCUUGGUAGUUCAAACUCACAAAUGAGAGACAACGGGGCUUAUUUUUUACUGAAAAAUCGGAAGGUCGACAUAAAAAAAUAUUUGAAGCAAAAUAAAGACGCCGAAAUUCCUCCAACGCUCUGUAUGUAUAUACAGCAGGUACGAAACUCUUUGGGCAGAUUCGAUAACAUCGAAAGUGUACCUAAGUAUAUGGCUAGGUUGGGACAAUGUUUCACUCAGAGUAAGGAGACUCGCAUUCGUUUGGAGAAGGAUACGUUAGCCAAAACGUAUGAUGUCGUGGGUGGUUGUGUACCAGAGAAAUUAUCUCCCUACACGUUUAGCGAUGGAGUGGGAGUGAUCAGUAAACAGUAUGCUCAAAGAAUAGCAACAGAUUUCAAUGGUUCUUCUGAAGGAUAUCCAAGCUGCUUUCAAUUCCGUCUAAAAGGCAUGAAAGGUGUCGUUUCUGUAGAUCCAUAUCUAGACGAAUUAGCUGCAUGGGCUAUCGAAAAUGAAAUUCCUAAUUUAAAGGAAGAUGAAGCUUGCUCCUCAAUUAGAAAUUGGCUCAUUCACUGUGCAGUUCGUGACAGUCAAAUCAAGUUUACGGGAACAGAAUCAGCUCUGGAAAUAGUUAAACCCUCCGCCCCAGUUCCAGUGGCACUUAACAAACCCUUCAUCAAUAUCUUGGAUCAAGUAGCUGAGAUGCAGUCGUCAGAUAGCCACACCCGGAUAGUGGGUAGAAUUCAGCAACUGCUCGAUAAACAAAUUCGUGGCUUUGCGUCGUCUUUAGUCUAUGAGCACGAUUGCCGCGUUAAACUCAAAGAGUUGCCACGUAGAAUUGAUAUUGAUCGUCUUCAUCAAAGAGCCGGGUUCACGAUGUGCGAUGAGCCCUUUUUCCGAUCACUUGUUAAAUCAGCCACUAAAUAUGCCAUCACUAAGCAGUUACGGAAAGAGCAAAUUCAAAUCCCUUAUGAAUUGGGAAGAUCCAUGUUAGGCAUUUUGGAUGAAACGGGAAGACUUCAGUAUGGUCAGAUAUUCGUACAAUAUACCAAAAACAUCCAAGACAAGUUUCCUACCAUUCACGCUCCGAAGGCCGUUUUAACAGGCAAAGUACUGAUUACGAAAAAUCCUUGCAAUGUAGCUGGAGAUGUGAGAGUUUUUGAAGCCAUUGACGUUAAAGAGCUUCGGCAUCUCGUCGAUGUCGUUGUUUUUCCUCAGCAUGGUCCUCGACCUCAUCCGGACGAAAUGGCUGGAUCUGAUUUGGAUGGAGAUGAGUACAGUGUUAUUUGGGAUCCAGAUCUCCUUUUGGACCGUAAUGAGCCAGCAUUCGAUUAUACUCCAGACAGUAAAAGGAUCGAGAAAUUAGAUGACGCUACAUUGAAUGAGAAAAUGAUUGAUUUUUAUUUAAAUUACAUGCUGCAAGAUUCUGUGGGUGUUAUCUCGAACAAUUUCCUUCAUCAAUCUGCUUUAUAUGGAAUUAAUUCGACCGUUUGCAUAAAUCUGGCGAAAAAAAUAUCGAUGGCUGUCGAUUUUACGAAAUCUGGUAAACCACCUCCAGCUCUCACCAAGGCCUGGACCUCAGAUCCUCAGACAAAAGAAGAUAUACCUCCGGAAGCUGCUGAUAUCAUUCCUGAUUAUCACGGAGAUGAGCACGGAAAUAAGCCUGUUUACGUAUGCCCUCGAUUAAUUGGGCAGUUAUACAGGGAUAUCAAAUCUAUUGAGGAUGUUCUACGUAUAUCAGAAGAUAGAGAUGAUCAGUUGAGAAUCAAGAUUGACGAAAGCAUAUUCGUUGAAGGAUGGGAGAACUAUCGUGCUACAGCACUUCAAGAUUUAGCGAAAUAUAAUAAUCUGCUCCGGACUGUAAUGGAGAACUAUGGUAUUCAGACUGAAGCAGAAGCCUUCUCAGGAUAUAUAUGCGAAAUGAGAAAUAGGAUUUCUGAUAAGGACCAAGAUGACAUGAGUUUUUUCAACACGAACUUGUUGAUCGAAUCCAAGAUUACUUCUAUCUUCCGCAAGUUUCGUGAAGAAUUCUUUGAAGAGUUCGGAGGCUGGAAACAAAGCACUCAGAAAAUCGAAAAACCGUUUUACGAUGAAGAAAACGUUUUUCAUCGAGAUUGUUCUAGCCCAACUCCUGAAAUGAAGCAGAAAGCCGUUGCUUACUAUAGAGUAUGUUACGAACGCGCUGCGACCACGAAAGAGAAAAAGUUGUCUUUUGCUUGGGUGGCUUAUGACAUAUUAGCAGAAGUCCGACAAGCUCAAAGUUUCCAAAAAAAAGAAUUUCUGACUUCAUCUCAGGCUUUAACUACAAUGAUGGAUAAACACAGUGAACUUUAUAUAGAAGAGAAUGGCCGACAGUUCGAAGAUUUCUGUAGAAUAGAUACUGAGGAUCGUGCUGGCAUAAUUAUAAAGAAAUAUCUCACGGUAUAUCCAGGACUGGAGAGAGCUAUGUUUAUCAUCUGUGAAUGGGCAAAAAUACACAACCUGUUCACUGAACGGUUCAGAAGUCAUCAUUUGUGCCUUUUGUUCCUACAACAUGGUAAUGGAAUUCUGCCAUGUUUCAACGCAGAUGCAACGAAGCCAUUCAUUCAGAUCCCUGUUAAUACUUCUCUUGAGGAAAUCGUGAACGGAUCAAUUCAGAAAGAAAUAAUCACUUCCAACGCUUCUGUUUUAGUUCCUUUCUUUGAGUACUUGGCAUCGAGGAAGUUUUUCCAAUUAGAUAGCCUGAGCUUUUCCUUGAUUGGACUGAGUUCUUGUUUCUUACGUGGAGAAUGGCGUCCGAUCCACAAAGCUGCGAGAAAAAGUUAUUAUAAUAUGGUUUUCAAUUUGCGCUUCGAAGAGCUACGAUUAUCCUCUGAUCCGAAACGUGACGAUGCUAUCAUCAGAGAAUGUGAGCCGUUCUGUAUCCAGUUGCCGGAUCGCCUGUCUUCCCCCGAUGUCGAUCGUGUUAGGGAUAAACUCAAGCAAAAGGCUCAGUUGGUUGAUAUAGUUUUAAGACCGCUCUCCCUGUCCGACGUAAAAGGAAGUCGAUUCAUGGUAUCAGCGAAAGGAUCUCUAGAAGCUAUAGAUAGGCUGAAAGAGCUUGUUGUUGUCAAACCUCACAUCAAAGGAACUUCUAAAGGAAAGGGGAUAAUUGAUGAGUUGACUAAUUUGGUCUACAAAAAAAUCAUGUCUUAA